AGGAUUCAGAGAGUUCUGAGGUCAGAUUCCCCAGAAUGCUUAGAGAGUCAGAGGGAGGAAGAGGAGGUGUUGCACGGUGAGGAAGAAGAGCAGAAGAGGAGCAGCAGAGAGGCGUUUCUGAAGAUCACACAACACUUCCUGAGGAGAAUGAAGCAGGUGGAGCUGGCUGACUCUCUGCAGAGCAGGACAUCUGCUGCAGUGAGCUGUAAACUUAAAGCUAACCUGAAGAAGAAGUUCACGUGUGUGUUUGAGGGGAUUGCUAAAGCAGGAAACCCAACCCCUCUGAGUCAGAUCUUCACAGAGCUCUACAUCACAGAGGGAGGGGCUGCAGAGGUUAAUGGUGAACAUGAGGUCAGACAGAUUGAAACAGCAUCCAGGAAACCAGACAGACCAGAAACAACAAUCAGACAAGAAGACAUCUUUAAAACCGGACCUGGAAGAGAUGAACCAAUCAGAACAGUGAUGACUAAGGGAGUGGCUGGCAUUGGGAAAACAGUCUUAACACAGAAGUUCACUUUGGACUGGGCUGAAGACAAAGCCAAUCAAGACAUACAGUUCACAUUUCCAUUCACUUUCAGAGAGCUGAAUGUGCUGAAAGAGAAAAAGUACAGCUUGGUGGAACUUGUUCAUGACUUCUUUACUGAAGUCAGAGAAGCAGGAAUCUGCAAGUUUGAAGAGCUCCAGGUUUUGUUCAUCUUUGAUGGUCUGGAUGAGUGUCGACUUCCUCUGGACUUCCAAAACAAUAAGAUCUUGACAGAUGUCGAACAGUCCACCUCAGUGGAUGUGCUGCUGACAAACCUCAUCAAAGGGAAUCUGCUUCCCUCUGCCUGCCUCUGGAUAACCACAAGACCUGCAGCAGCCAAUCAGAUCCCUCCUGAGUGUGUUGACAUGGUGACAGAGGUCAGAGGAUUCACUGACCCACAGAAGGAGGAGUACUUCAGGAAGAGAUUCAGAGAUGAGGAGCAGGCCAGCAGAAUCAUCUCCCACAUCAAGACAUCACGAAGCCUCCACAUCAUGUGCCACAUCCCAGUCUUCUGCUGGAUCACUGCUACAGUUCUGGAGGAUGUGAUGACAACUACAGAGGGAGGAGAGCUGCCCAAGACCCUGACUGAGAUGUACAUCCACUUCCUGGUGGUUCAGUCCAAAGUGAAGAACAUCAAGUAUGAUGGAGGAGCAGAGACAGAUCCACACUGGAGUCCAGAGAGCAGGAAGAUGAUUGGGUCUCUGGGAAAACUGGCUUAUGAACAGCUGCAGAAAGGCAACCUGAUCUUCUAUGAAUCCGACCUGACAGAGUGUGGCAUCAAUAUCAGAGCAGCCUCGGUGUACUCAGGAGUGUUCACACAAAUCUUCAGAGAAGAGAGAGGACUGUACCAGGACAAGGUGUUCUGCUUCGUCCAUCUGAGCGUUCAGGAGUUUCUGGCCGCUCUUCAUGUCCACCUGACAUUCAUCAGCUCUGGUGUCAAUCUGCUGUCAGAAGAACAAUCAACCUCCCAGUGGCCUAAAGCCUUCAGAGACAAACCCAAACUGAAACAUCUCUAUCAGAGUGCUGUGGAAAAGGCCUUACAAAGUCCAAAUGGACACCUGGACUUGCUUCUCCGCUUCCUCCUGGGUCUCUCACUGCAGACCAAUCAGACUCUCCUACGAGAUCUGCUGACACAGACAGAAAGUAGCUCCCAGACCAACCAACAAACAGCUGAGUACAUCAAGAGUAAGAUCAGUGACAGUACCUCUCCAGAGAAAAUUAUCAACCUGUUCCACUGUCUGAAUGAGCUGAACGACCGUUCUCUAGUGGAGGAGAUCCAACAGUACCUGAGUUCAGGAGAUCUCUUCACAGAUGAACUUUCUCCUGCUCAGUGGUCAGCUCUGGUCUUCAUCUUACUGUCAUCAGAAAAAGAUCUGGACAUAUUUGACCUGAAGAAAUACUCCGCCACAGAGGAGACUCUUCUGUGGCUACUGCCAGUGGUCAAAGUCUCCAACAAAGCUCUCCUGAACUUGUGUAACCUCUCAGAUAGAAGCUGUGAAGCUCUGUCCUCAGCCCUCAGCUCACAGCUCUGUAGUCUGAAAGAGAUGGACCUGAGUAACAACAACCUGUGGGAUUCAGGAGUGGAGCUGCUUUCUGUCGGACUGGGGAGUCCACACUGUAGACUGGAAACUCUCAGACUGUCAGGCUGUCUGAUCACGGCAGACGGCUGUGUUUCCCUGGCCUCAGCUCUGAGCUCCAAUCCCUCCCAUCUGAGAGAACUGGACCUGAGCUACAAUCAUCCAGGAGACUCAGGAGUGAAGCUGCUGUCCGCUGCAGUGGACGAUCCACGCUAUAGACUGAACACUCUCAGCAGACGGGUCAUUACGGAUUGCUCUAUUCUGUGCUUCACUGAAACCUGGUUCAACGCUGGCAUCCCCGACAACAGGACGGCUUCACCCUCCACCGCACAGACCGUACUGAGGCGUCACAGAAGACCAAAGGUGGGGGAGUAUGCUUCUAUGUGAACCAGCGGUGGUGCACAGACACAACAGUGAUCUCACGGACCUGCUCUACAGUCCUUGAGACAUUAUCCAUAAAGUGCAGGCUGUUUUACCUGCCAAGAGACUUCACUUCCACCAUACUGAUCGCUGUUUACAUACCUCCUCAAGCCACAGAACCCUCUCAUCACGUAUCAGUUUCAGUUUAUUUAGAGUGUAAAAUCACCAUGGUAGAAACAUGAUCUGUCAGGUAUUUUUACCUGGAUUCUGUGGUGUUGGUUCUAGGAAACUUUAACCAUGUCAAUCUGAAGAGAUCCCUGCCCAGGUUUAAACAACAGAUCCAAGUGCCCACCAGGUAUAAUAAGAUCCUGGAUCAAUGUUACUGUGUCAUUGCUAAUGCCUAUCAUGCAGUGGCUUGGGCUCUGCUAGGGAAGUCAGACCAUAACACCAUCCUUCUAACCCCUAAAACUAAAAGCUGUUAAACCAACAACUACAGUGGUAAAACAAUGGCCUACUUCAGCAACUGAUGCACUGAAGGACUGUUUUGAUAAUACAGACUGGUCUCUUUUUAUAGAAUCAUGUCAUGAUCUACCAGGGCUGGACUGGGACAAAAAAUCAGCCCGGGCAUUUUGAGCCUAGUCCGGCCCACCAGGUAUUGAUAGAAAGACAAUGAAGCCUAUGAAUGAAAACACACAAAACUUUCUUGUGACACCGCUUGUACACUGUCUUGUUGGUGUAUAUGUACUUGUCUAAUAAAUUUAAACCUACACCAUCCUCCCAGUCCCAUUAUUCUAUACAGUACUUACUUAGAGGAACCCAAAAGGCUGCUUGGUCUAGUGAACCUCCUGAACAAUGAACGUAUGAUGGGAUCCUGAAAAUUGGACAGUGAAGAAUAGAGGUGAGACAUGAUCAUUGAUGAAUAUUAAAAUUAAUAAAUGACAGAUUUAGUAAUAUUUUCAUAGACUAUGUACUCAGCACAUCAAUAAACAGCACAGCAACACAUAAUACUUCCUCAAACAUGGCAACCUUUAAAAAGUGAAGGGAUAUUUCAAAUUGAAUGGAAACAUGCCCACAAUAAAAACAAAAUACAGGUAAUUAUUGUCCACAAGAGUUUGCUGUUACAUGUCAGUAAAAAAACACAAUAAGAUAAAAACACAACAUAUCUAGAAUAAAGAGGAUAUUUAUGUAUAAAAGACAAAUACAUUUAAGUAGUUACUUUUAACUCCAAGCCACUUUUAUGUUAAUGAGCAGCAUCACAUCUCCUGGCAAAUCCUAAUUUGAUUCAAUCUAAAUUAUAUUUGCAAGUGGGUUUAUGAUGAAUACUAGCCUAAUCAUUUGGUUUUACAUGAACAUUUUUGCUCUGUUGAGCUUCAGCUGUUUCAGAGUAAAGAAUUCCUGCAUAGUGCACUUAUAUCAAUUAAUAGACAUUGAAAUAUUUUACUACCUAACUAAUAAAGACUAUACUUAACUAAAUGAAUAAAAUAAAAAGUUACUGAAGCACUAAGAUCACCAUCACUAGUAUAACAUCAUAGAAACAGCCCAGCAGUAGAGAAACCCCGUCAUGCUGCUCAACAGCCAGCUAAACUGUUAAAUGGCCAACUCAUAACUAUGCUGUGUUAAGAGUUAGCAAGCACAACGAAAAUAAACUAUCAACCAAACUUGAUUCAUAUCUGACAAGGCCCAAGUGGGAGGGGGCAUCGGCCCUCGGCUGUAAUUGGUCCAGCCCAGAAUCAAUCAUGACUAAUGGGCCGAUCUACCAGUUUUGUGUACCAAUAGGUAUCAUGACAUGACUAAAAAAAAAAACGGCCCGGCCCAAAAUUACCAUCGGCCCACCAGGCAAAUGCCCGGUAUGCCCGAUGGCCAGUCCAGCACUGUGAUCUAUCAUCAUUUACUUAGGUGGUCAAUGCCUAUAUAAUGUUUUCUGAAAACAUAUCUGUGCUUACUAAGACUGUGACUGGGUACAGCAAUAACAAGCCAUGGUUUAGCAGAGAGAUAAAAAAAAUCUCUGGAAAAACAAAAGCAAUGCUUAUAAGAGUAAGGACAGAGGUUUAUAUAAAGUGGCUAAAUAUGAAUUUGGGAAAGCUGUCACUUAGGCUAAAGCUGACUACAGACACAAGUUUGAGAACAAACUUAACAGCAAUGACAGCAGAGGAGUAUGGGAAGGCUUGAGGCAGAUUACCAAUUACACAAGCACAGCACCAGGGGUCAGUGAUGAUCCUGAGCACCCUGACAGUCUAAAUGAGUUUUACUGUCACUUUGAUAAUAGUUAUGCCCCUUUAUGCAGCCCAGGUGUGCAAACCCUGUCAGCUCCCCUUUUGUCAUCGAAGAAGAUGAGGUCAGGCUCCUACUUAAAAAACAAAAUUGCAGGAAAGCUGCAGGCCCUGACCUUGUAUCGUCUGCCACCAUCAAACACUGGGCAGUUAAGUUGGCCCCAGUUCUCACACAUAUUUUUAACUGGUCGUUAAGGGAAUGCAGAGUCCCUGACUGUUGUAAGUCUGCUGUCAUAGUUCCCGUGCCCAAAAACACUAAGAUUAGUCUGAAUGAUUACAGACCGGUAGCCUUAACUCCUGUAAUAAUGAAAAUCUUUGAACACAUUGUAUCUGAACACCUGUCCAGAGUAGUCAGCCUAGAACCCUUCCAGUUUGCAUACAGGGCAAACAGGUCCGUUGAGGAUGCUGUGUCCCUAUGUAUUCACUCCAUCCUACAGCAUCUGGAGGCCCCAGGCAACUAUGCUAAGAUCCUUUUUCUGAUUUUAGCUCUGCUUUUAAUACAAUUUUACCCAGCAAACUUUUUAAGAAACUUCAACAGUUGGACAGACUCCCUUUGUCACUAGGUCUUGGAUCCCCUGCUGCACAGAAAACAAAUUGUUAGGGUCAAUAAUAAGACCUCUAGGGUCAAACACAUUGGCACUGGCGCCCCCCAGGGGUGUGUCUUAUCACCCCUGUUAUAUUCACUCCAUCAGAGGCUCUUUUUCCUCCAUCAGUUGAGGAAAUUUGGGAUGGCAGCGCUCCAUGCCUGCACCAAUACCUUAUGGAAGUAGGAAACUCCCCCACAGCACUUGAAUAAUCUGCCCUCUGUUUUUUUGUCAUUGUAUUUUUAUAUGGUAUUUAUGCUGUAAGUAUGUUGUUGUAAGCUACUGUCAUUACCGUCUGUCCUGCAUCUCUCUCUGUCACUCUCUCUCUCUCUCUGUCUCAUUGUGUCAUACAGGUUACUGUUAAUUUAUCAUGUUGAUCUGUUCUGUACGACAUCUAUUGCACGUCUGUCCAUCCUGGAAGAGGGAUCCCUCCUCAGUUGUUCUUCCUGAGGUUUCUACCGUUUUUUUCCCCUGUUAAAGGGUUUUUUGGGGGAGUUUUUCCUUAUCGGCUGAGAGGGUCCUAAGAACAGAGGGAUGUCAUAUGCUGUAAAGCCCUGUGAGGCAAACUGUGAUUUGUAAUAUUGGGCUUUAUAAAUAAAAUUGAUUGAUUGAUUGAUGCUCUUA